AUGGAGUUCCUGUUCGGCCGCCGGAAGACGCCCGCCGAGCUGCUCCGGCAAAACCAGCGGGCCCUCAACAAGGCAAUUCGCGAGCUCGACCGCGAGAAGAGCCGCAUGGAGAUGCAGGAGAAGAAGGUGAUCGCCGAGAUCAAGAAGAUGGCCAAGAUGAACCAGAUGGAUUCGGUGAAAGUGAUGGCCAAGGACCUCGUCCGCACGCGGCGCUAUAUCAAGAAGUUUAUAGUGAUGAAGGCGAAUAUUCAGGCAGUAUCGCUGAAAGUGCAAACGCUGAAGAGCCAGGACGCGAUGGCGCAGGCGAUGAAGGGCGUGACGAAGGCGAUGCGCAGUAUGAAUAAACAGAUGAACCUCCCGCAAAUCCAGCAGAUCAUGAUGGAGUUCGAGAAGCAGAGCGAAAUCAUGGACAUGAAGGAAGAAAUCAUGGGCGACGCGAUUGAUGAUGCGCUCGGAGACGCGGAAGACGAUGAGGAGAGCGAGGGCAUCGUUAAUCAGAUCCUCGACGAGCUCGGCAUCCAGAUGGGCGAAGAACUCGGCGGACUGCCGGCCCCGGGUGGAAAGGCUGGACCAGUUGAGGCGAGAGUAACCGUUCCAACCCGCUCACCACGCCGCCCUCUACUCAAUUCACACCGCAAAACGACAAAACAAAAUAUUCUGCCCACCACUCGUCACUACUGUACGUACAUUGUAUUGCCCUGUACUCCUCCACCUCCUCGUCUCGGAUUUGUAUUCUACGUGUGCCUG